AUGCCUCCAAAGAAACGUGAAAAAGAUAGUGAAACAAAUAAAAACUCUAAAAUUGAUCACUUACAGGCUGACCAUGAGUUAUUUUUACAAGCGUUCGAAAAGCCUACACAGAUAUACAGAUUUUUACGGACGCGUAAUAUGUUGUCGCCAAUUUUUCUCAACAGGACGUUGUCCUAUAUGAAGCGUAGAAUGUCAAGAAGCAAUAAAACUCGUGUUGGUUUUAAAGUGGAUUCUUUGUUAGAAAAAAUUACCUUAAAAAAGAGUACUGAAUUGCAACCCAAUAGUCUGGGUGGUUACAUGACUUUAACGUUUUUGGGCUUUUAUGAUAAAAGCUUAGAAGAUCCUAGAGACUUUCAAGUUAAAGUUGAAACUUUGUUAUUAAAGAUAUGUCACAAAAAAAGGAAGGAAAGUUCAUCUGCUAUUGUGGAAGUUUCAGUUGGAAGCUGUUCUGUUCCUCUAAAUCCUUCAACAUCUGAGCCACCAGCCAUGGCAUCAGCAGUCAGCAUCUCUAGUGAUACUUUUAGCCCUUCUCAAGGCCCUAAUGUCAAGUCUUAUAUGUUAAUGUUAAGAGUAACUGUAACUAAAGCCUCAGCAAAUUCUAAUGUAGCAAGUUCAACAGAAAUCACUAAUGGUGAUAGUGAUGAACCUUUAACCAAGCGUCUUAAGUCUUCAACUGAUUUAAAUUCAUCAAGCACAGAAUGUAAAUGGAGUAAACUGUAUGGUAGUGAACUUAUUGUUUAUGACAAGCACAAUCGCUGUUUACUAACUAAUGGAGAGUAUGACUUAGUUUUACAUGAUGUUACACCAGGAGGCCGUAGUGCCACUAUAGCUAGGUCACCACAUAAAGCUCUUAUGGCACAAUGGGAGACUAUACCAAAUGAAAAUGAUCUCCACUCGGAAACAAAUCCUUUUAACAUAUUUAAAGUAAGGCCACUUUUGAAACUAAAACUGAGUUGGAGUCAAGAACCGACUAAUGGUUUAGUCAAUAGGCCAAAAUUGUACCAGCACGAUACAAAUGGUAUUAAAAAAGAGUCAAGCUCUGUUAAAGAUAAACUCUCUGCACAAAAAUGUUCUACUAGUGAAAUUAAAAAUGGUGAAAAAAUAAAACAAGAAACAAGUGAAGGUGAAUCUAAAAGACAACAAAUAAUUUAUCAGUUCCUAUACAAUAAUAACUCAAGACAACAAACAGAGGCUUGCGAUGACCUGCACUGUCCAUGGUGUUCGCUGGACUGUGGGACGCUGUAUUCUUUGCUCAAACAUUUAAAAUUAUGUCACUCCCGUUUCAAUUUCACUUAUUUUCCGAUCCCAGGCGGAGCGCGCAUCGACGUAUCCAUCAACGAGUUGUACGACGGGUCGUACACGGGGUCGCCGCACGACCUGAUCGCGGCGGCGGGGCGCGGCGCGGGCGGGCCGCGCGCCGGCCCCACGCGCCGCGCCUCGCUCACGCACCUGCUGGUGUGGCGCCCGCGCGGCCGCCGCCGCCUGCCGCGCCACAGCCUGGCGGAGUUCCUCGAGCUGGACGACAGCGACGUGCUGGACGCGCAGCGACCCUAUCUUACUGGACAUAAUAGAUUAUAUCACCACACAAUCACUUGCCUCCCCGUAUAUCCCAACGAGUUAGACAUCGACUCGGAAAGUGAAACGGACCCGUUAUGGCUACAACAAAAAACCAUGAUGAUGAUCGAUGAAUUCACAGAUGUAAAUGAAGGCGAGAAGGAGUUAAUGAAAAUGUGGAAUUUGCAUGUCAUGAAAUACAAUUAUGUGGGCGAUUGUCAGAUACCAUUGGCCUGCCAAAUGUUCUUGCAAAUGAAAGGAAAGGAACUCCUCGAGAAGAAUUUGUAUAGAAACUUUAUUCUUCACAUGUGUUCGUUACACGACUUCGGACUACUCAGUCCGGUAGCGUUGUACCAGACCAUGCAAAUGCUCAACCAAAUGCUGGCAGAUAAUGCCGAAGCCAAAGAAAAAAUGCGUGACUCGUUGAGAGCGCAACGCGAACAUUGGAACACUAUAGGGAAAUAUCAACAACCUGUGAUCAUAGAACAAAAGCCCCCGACGACUACGGCUAAACUAAACAACGUUGAGGCCUCACCGUCCGUACGACGGAAAACUUCGAAUUUACAAAACGCAAACAGAAUGGCGAGCAACUUCAACAAAUCAUCUAGCCCCGGUCCUAGUAAUGAAAACAAAAGGAAAAUGUCGUCGGGAAGCAUUCAGAGUCGGAAACGGUCGUCCAUAUCGGAACGGAAAAGCUCUGUA